AUGCCGGUGAAAUCACCAUUCCAAUCCGCCAUUGCUAAGCCGGGGCAUGGCAAGGUCGUCUUGACUCUACUUCCUCCUUCGGUUCCUACGCUCACAACCUUGACCUACAAAUAUCCCUUGAAGCUGCUCACCCGUGCUCCGGGCUUCAUCCCUCAAUCCUCUGCUCUAGAAUGUCCUUCUUCUCGACCCGUUCAUCUAUACCUCCUUACCUAUGGCGGUGGCCUUCUCCCCGGUGAUCACAUUGAUGUCUCCAUCACACUCGAUCCACAAACAAGACUUGUUGUCACAACGCCCCAGGGAAGCACCAAGAUCUUCAAAACAGAACCCAGUGCCACUGUCAAGGGACGACGGGGGACUCCGGCCCACCAGAUGCCUGAUAUGAGUAGGCAACUGCUGAACGUGCGGGUGGAGAGCGAAGCCGCCCUGUGCUAUCUGCCCGACCCUGCUGUGCCUUACAGAGACAGCCGCUAUGAACAGAUCCAGACAUUCACCGUGGACGGGACAGUUAGAGAUGGCAAGAGAAGCAGCCUAUGCAUCCUGGACUGGGUAACCCAAGGCCGAGGCUCCCGAGGGGAGAAUUGGGACUUCCAUCUGUGGAAAGGAAAGAACGAGGUAUGGUCCGAGGAUGAAAGGGGGGAUAAAAAGCUUCUCCUCCGUGACUCGGUCAUCCUGCAUGAUGAAUACGACGAGGACGAUUUCGAAGACGAGGAACAAGAAUGCGCCCGCAGGGGCCGAGUCCGGGAACGCACACGGCCCCAUGGGAUCGUGGGUACUUUUAUUCUGUACGGGCCUGUCUUUGACGGUCUCGCAACUUUCAUCAUGGACCGGUUCACGUCGCAGCCGCGUAUCGGUGCCCGCAACUGGGCAUCGCCGUCUGUUGCACCGACAUCAAAUCCCUCUCCUAAUUCCGGGUUGAACGUCACCUGGACUGCGGCUCGCGUCCGGGCUGGCUUCGUGCUCGUCAAGUUCGGCGCCCAGGAUUUCGAGACAGCCAAGGACUGGCUAGGGGAUAUCAUCCGCGAAGAGGGAAGUAUUCUACGGGAGUUUGGGGAGGAAGCCAUGUUCUGCCUAUAG